AUGGAAACUAGCUACAGUAGCAAAGUGGUGGUGCAGGUGUUUGUGAUGGCGCUAGUGCUGCAGGUCACGCUGUCCCAACACUGGUCCUACGGCUGGUUACCGGGAGGCAAGAGAAGCGUGGGAGAGCUGGAGGCGACCAUUAGAAUGAUGGGUACGGGAGGUGUGGUGUCUCUUCCAGAUGAGACAAGUGCCCAAACCCAGGAGAGGCUCAGACCAUACAAUGUAAUUAAUGAUGUUCCCAGUCAUUUCGACCGAAAGAAAAAGUUCCCCUCUGAAUAA